AUGAGACUCGACCGCGCCAACCCACAGCCCUUCUACCACUACUUCAACAACACCUGGACGCCAAUCCUGACCUCAACAGACAUCACCAAAACCGGCAGCACUGCUAAUCUCCACCAAACCCACAGCAAAACCAUAACCAGAAUCCGACUAACAACAUGGAACAUCGAUUUCCAGACCCCGCUCGGCCGCGAACGCAUGGCCGCAGCACUGGAGUACCUGUCCCACCAGCACAGCACCCAGCCCGACAACGAGAUCCCAUCAAUCAUCUUCCUCCAGGAGAUGGUCGAGUCGGAUCUGCAGCUAAUCCAAGAAUCGGGCUGGGUACAGGAGAAGUUCUUCAUCACCGACAUCAGCAGCGAUCAUUGGCGCGGGUCGUACGGGACGACGACGAUGAUCGAUAAACACUUGGUUGUGCGGGGCGUAUUCCGGGUACCGUAUUCGAAUUCAAGGAUGGAAAGGGAUGGAUUGUUCGUUGAUGUUGAUGUUGGGCGCCCUGGGGCUGAGGGCGAACGCAUCUUACGCCUGUGCAAUACACAUCUCGAGAGUCUUGUUUCUCACCUGCCCAGACGGCCGGUGCAGCUACGUCUCGCCUCGAGCUUCAUGCAUGGGUCUGGUCCUGCGCCUGAACCGCAGGAUGAGGGGAUGUAUGUGCCGCCGACUCCCCAUGCGGCUAUUCUUGCAGGUGACCUCAACGCCUUUGCGAUGGAGGAUCGCUCCGCGCCGGAGGAGUGUGGUCUCAGAGACGCGUUCUUGGCUCUGGGCGGGAGAGAGGGGACGGAGGAGAGUUUCACGUGGGGUCAGCAGGUUCCGGAUUGGAUGAGGGAGCAGUUUGGGUGUAGUCGUAUGGAUAAGAUUCUGUAUUGUGGUGGGGUUGGGGCGAAGAGUCUGAGAAGGAUUGGGGAGGGGGUCACGGUGACGGUAACCUUUAAUCAGUCUGAGAGUGAGGAUGAAAAUUUCUCUGAUGAAGGAGUCUGGGUCACGGAUCACUUGGGUCUACAAGGGGAGUUCGAAAUCUUGUCAUCGAGCUGUUGA